UGGGUCGCAUUUAAAAACUCCUCAACCAGUGUACGCCACAGCUGACCUCUAGUAGUUGUCUGUGGUCCAUCGUAGAGCACGCACGCGCAUUACAACAACAAUCAUAAUGAAGUUGGUCCUGUGUGCCCUCUCGGCACUGUUCCUGUGCGCGUACGCACGCUCCACCACUUACCAGCAGCCGAUAUCGCCGCAAAUCACAUCUCUUACUGAUAAGGAUGCCAGAAGUAAAGCGAGAGUGCAUCCCGCUUUCGCCAAUGCUGGACGUCAGGCAGGAGUAGAGGUCUGGAGGAUCGAGAACUUCGAGCCCGUCGCUGUUGCGCAGAAGGACUACGGCAAAUUCCACAAGGGAGAUUCCUACAUCGUGUUGAAGACAACUGCAGACAAAAGGAACAACCUAUCCUGGGACAUAUACUAUUGGAUUGGCAGCGAGACGUCGCAGGACGAAGCUGGCGCGGCCGCCAUUUUGACAGUCGGACUCGAUGAUAAAUUUAAUGGAGCAGCUGUACAACACAGAGAGGCUUUGGGCUACGAGAGUGCGCAGUUCAAACAAUGCUUCCCGUCUGGUAUCCAAUAUAAGGACGGCGGAGUGGCUUCAGGGUUCAACCACGUUGUCACCAACGCUGGAGCUGAAAAACGCAUGUUUCAGGUCAAAGGCAAGAGAAAUGUUCGCGUCAGGCAGGUGGACCCUCUGAUCUCCUCUAUGAACAAAGGAGACGUCUUCAUUCUGGAUAAGGACCAGGACAUUCUCGUGUUUGUGGGAGAAAAAGCCAGGAACGUGGAGAAGCUGAAGGCCAUCUCAGUCGCCAAUCAGAUCAGAGACCAGGAUCAUAACGGCAGGGGACGCGUCGACAUAAUUGACCAGUACUCCAGCGACGUGGACACUCAGAAAUUCUUCACAACCUUGGGAUCCGGUACCAGAGACAUCGUGCCGAAAGAAAGCGCGGGGGGAGAUGACCAGGAGUUCGAAAGGAAUGAGGAAAAUUCAGUGAUCCUCUCUGAGGUAUCCGACAACGGAGGCAAGGUGAAGGUCAACGCUCUGAGCAGACCUUUCCGCCAGGAGCAACUGAAACCCCAGGAGAGUUAUAUCCUUGACACGAUCAGCGGUAACAUCUACGUGUGGAUCGGCAAACAAUCUACUGACAGGGAAAAGAGCGAAGCGAUGGCGAAAGCCCAACAAACUCUGAGCUCCAAAAAUUAUCCUAGCUGGGUAAAGGUGACCAGGGUACUCCAGGGUACCGAGCCGGCUGCCUUCAAACAAUACUUUUCGACCUGGCGCGACGUCGGCAUGUCACACUCCCGCCUGGUCUAGAUUUAAGUUUCAGGUUCGUUGACCCAUUGCAUCAGUGCCAAAAAUUACUUCACGACUUAAUUUUUUAUACAAAUAAAUAAAAUGUAAUCUUGU